CUCCCAGCACUACCACCCACCCUGUCAAUGUUCCACGGUUUCCCGAAUUCUGCAUGACAAAUUUUCAUGUUUUAACUAUUAAAAAUGCCGUUGCGAUUGGAUAUCAAGAGGAAGUUGACGGCCAGGUCGGAUCGCGUCAAAUGCGUGGAUCAGCAUCCUACAGAACCCUGGGUGCUUUGCUCACUAUACAACGGCGACGUCAAUAUAUGGAAUUAUGAAACUCAUACACAGAUUAAAAAAUUUGAGGUAUGUGACCUGCCUGUGCGUGCAGCAAAAUUUGUGCCGAGGAAGAAUUGGGUGGUCACUGGUUCAGAUGAUAUGCAAAUAAGAAUAUUUAACUACAACACAUUAGAAAGAAUUCACAAUUUCGAGGCCCACUCAGACUAUGUCAGGUGUAUUGUCAUACAUCCCACACAACCUUAUAUAUUGACCAGUAGUGAUGAUCUCCUUAUUAAGCUUUGGAAUUGGGAUCGCAACUGGGCUUGUCAGCAAGUGUUUGAAGGACACACCCAUUAUGUAAUGCAAAUCGCUAUCAACCCCAAGGACAACAACACAUUUGCUAGUGCUAGUCUUGACACAACUGUUAAGGUGUGGCAGCUUGGUUCCUCUAUCUCAAAUUUCACAUUAGAAGGACAUGACAAAGGAGUGAACUGUGUUGAUUAUUACCAUGGUGGUGACAAACCUUACCUCAUUAGUGGUGCUGAUGACCGGCUCGUUAAAAUCUGGGACUAUCAGAACAAGACCUGUGUACAGACACUUGAAAGCCACGUACAGAAUGUCUCAGCCGUUUCAUUCCAUCCCGAGCUACCAAUACUUCUAACAGGUUCCGAAGAUGGGACAGUCAGGCUUUGGCAUGCGGGUACUUACAGGCUGGAGUCAUCUCUUAACUAUGGCUUUGAACGUGUAUGGACUAUAUCAGCAUUGCAUGGUUCAAACAAUGUUGCUAUUGGGUAUGAUGAAGGCACUAUUAUGAUAAAGGUAGGCAGAGAAGAACCAGCUAUUUCUAUGGAUGUGAACGGAGGCAAAAUCAUAUGGGCUAAGCACUCUGAAAUGCAGCAGGUUAACUUAAAGGCAUUACCCGAAGGCACAGAGAUCAAGGAUGGUGAGCGUGUACCAGUGGUUGCAAAGGACAUGGGAUCCUGUGAGAUAUACCCUCAGACCAUUGCACACAACCCCAAUGGCCGCUUUGUUGUUGUAUGUGGUGACGGGGAGUACAUCAUAUACACCGCCAUGGCACUUAGAAAUAAGGCAUUUGGAACUGCCCAGGAAUUUGUAUGGGCUUUGGAUAGCUCUGAAUAUGCUACACUUGAGAAUUCAAGUACUGUGAAAGUAUUUAAGAACUUCAAGGAGAGGAAGAGUUUUAAGCCCGAAUAUGGUGCCGAGGGUAUCUUCGGUGGGUUCAUGUUGGGUGUGAAGUCAAUAAGUGGCAUGGCGUUCUCGUUCUAUGACUGGGAACAAUUGGAACUUAUCAGAAGGAUCGAGAUCCAACCACGCCAUGUGUUCUGGUCGGAGAGUGGAAACCUGGUCUGUCUUGCGAGUGACGAAUCGUACUUCGUGCUCAAGUACAACCCUACUGUGGUUACCAGAGCGAGAGAGACGAACACAAACAUCACCGAGGACGGUAUCGAGAACGCUUUCGAGGUUGUUGGGGAGGUCAACGAGACCGUGAAGACGGGUCUCUGGGUCGGCGACUGCUUCAUCUACACGAAUUCGUUGAACAGGAUAAAUUACUACGUCGGAGGAGAAAUCGUGACCGUGUCCCAUCUCGACCGCACCAUGUACAUCCUGGGCUAUGUUCCUAAAGAAAACAGAUUAUACCUGAACGAUAAAGAGUUGAACAUAGUUUCGUACUCGCUGCUGCUUCCCGUGCUGGAGUACCAGACGGCGGUGAUGCGAGGUGACUUCGAGACGGCGGACCGAGUGCUGCCCACUGUGCCGCACGAGCAUCGCACAAGGGUCGCGCAUUUCCUUGAAAAACAAGGUUUCAAGCAACAAGCUCUUGCAGUAUCUACAGAACCGGAACACCAGUUCGAACUAGCCUUGGCUCUUGGAGAGUUGAAGCAGUGCAAGCAGUUGGCUGAGGAGGCAGCACGCAUAGAGGGAGGGGAAGGAGACGGCCCGUCUCGGUCCUCAGCGGCGAGAUGGUCGAGACUCGGAGCAGCAGCGGCCUCUGCGGCGGACACGGAUCUCACGAAGAUAUGCUAUCAGAACGCACACGAUUACAGUGCUCUGUUGUUAUUCGCGGUCAGCACCGGCGACAAAGCGUUGUUGGAAGACGUAGCGCGAAUGUCCGCGGCGGAAGGAGACGACAACAUCGCCUUCGCGUCGUACUUCACGCUGAACGACCUGGAUUCCUGCCUGCAGCUGCUCAUCAAGAGGAACAAGUUGCCAGAAGCCGCAUUCUUUGCCAGAUCAUACAUUCCAUCGAAGAUGAGCGAGGUGGUGAAGAUGUGGCGGGAGGCUGUGGGCGCUACUAAUAAGAAGUCUGGUCAGUCCCUCGCCGACCCCGAGCAAUAUGACAACCUAUUCCCAGAGCUUGAAGAAACAUUAGUGUUAGAAAAAUUCCAGCGUGAGUUCGCCUUCGAUUAUCACACGCAGAUGUCGAACCUGCCCGCCAACUCCAAGAUAUGCAACAUAGAAAGAGACCUGGUGCAGGAGAAGGCGGAAAUGGAGAGCCGAGGGCUCUGGAAACCAGGCCCGUCUGAUGAAAGGGCAGCCACUCAAAAGAUCUCAUCCAAAAACUUGCUAGUGGCAGGAGACGUGAAUGCUUGGAGCCACUGGUGGGGCAGCAACUCCGAAAACCAUCGCGGAGAGGAACUUCACGCCUUCAUCACAGAAAUGGACCUCCACAUCCUAAACACCGGCAACGUACCGACCUUCGAAACAUAUCGAGGAGAAAGGUUGUACACGAGCUGCGUGGACGUGACACUGACCAGCCAAUCCCUGGUAGACAGAAUGGAGGACUGGAGAGUGGAUAGAAGUCUCAUAACAUCAGACCACAAUGCGAUUACCUUCACCCUGCGCUUAGAGAAAGCCCUAAUACCCUUGAAGCCUAUCUCCACGCGCAGAUAUAAUACCAAGAAGGCAAAAUGGUCGGACUUCUCCACUUUUUUCAGAACUAAGCUUGUCGACAGUGGAUUCACACUGGAACGUGUCUCGAACCUCACAAGAUCUGAGGAACUGGAGGAGAUGUUAAACAUCUAUACGUCGAUUAUCCACGAGUCGUGUGAAGACACGAUUCCGAAAUUAAAGCCGUGGAAUGGCAAUCCUAGACCACCAUGGUGGUCAGCCAUCCUGGAAGACCUAAAAAAGGAUGUGCUUCGGAAAAAACGCCGAAUACGUAAUGCUGCACCCAGUAGGAAACAACUCACAGUCGAAGAAUACGUACAGGCCAGGGAAAAUUACAAGAGGAAAGCGUGCGAAGCAACUACUCAAAGCUGGAAGGAGUUUUGCUCGACCCAGGACCGAGAAAGCGUUGAUAAUAAAUAA